AAACGGCGCAUCCCGACCCAGGAGGCCGCAGGAAACGCAGAAUCAAAACACACAGUGAGUCUUCCCUUUGCUCGUCUUCAUCAUCAGCCACAGAGGAAACAUGUCUUCACCCAGGGUGGGCGUGGUCAGAGACUCCAUGCUGACCAAUCCACUGCUCAUCAAGGCGUCUCUGGGGCAGACCCGGUCCAGAGGUCUGUCACGUCCUGGUCCAGAUUUUACCUUUGGAGCCAGCAGCAGUUUGCUUAAAGACGGAGGCGUGGCUGAGGUUCUGUCCAGCUGGAGGGUUCAGUCCAAGCGUGGAGACUCUGCCGCUCAUCACCCGGUCGCUCCGGACUUCGUGUCUCUGAACCGGGACGCGGUGAAGUCUGGUCUGGUGACGUCCAAAGAGCUGAGUCAGUACCGGGCUCAGAGGGGCGGGGCUGCGAGCCAGAAACUCGUCCCCAAAAAACGGGAGGGCGGGGCUUCGCGGCGCCCGGCGGUGCCUGACAUCAUGUUCGGAGUCACAACCAGGGCGCCGUCUCCGCUGUCAGACCUCCUCUCUCAUCAGUACGCUCACCGCUGGCUGGAUGAACAGCUGAGCAGGAAUCAAACCAGCAAGCAGCAGCAGCAGCAGCAGAGGAUGAAACCUGGUCGUAUUUUGGACACCAGGACGAGCCUGCUGAGGAGGAGCAGAGCUCUGCCCGUCACACAGACUCCAUUCAAACUGGCCCACUUCACUCAGGUUCCUCCUGCUCUGGACACCUUCAGGGACCAGGAGGCUCGUCUCCGGGCGUUCAGGGCCCAUCAGUCAGACUCUGUGUCCAGGAGAGGAGCUCAAGGUCUGGGCACGUACAGUCUGGACUGACCGGGGGGAACCGGACCGAACCACCUCUCACAAUGUGUCGACACGAAUAAAAAUGAAACAGCGUCA